UUGAUUGGAGUAAUUAGACGAAGGUUUGCAGCACUACGCAAAGAACGACCCUGAGUAUCGGUGCGAAAUUUGAAAAGGUUUCGAAGGUAGCCGGGAGAGGAACGUUUGAAAAGUAUUGUGAAUAACAAAGAAAGUGUAUGCAAAUCACGGCGACGUCGGAUUUUAUGCAUUUUAUGCGACAGACAACAAUAUGAUGAACAAGAGGAUUGCAGUCGCCGUCGCUGUGGUGCUGGCCAUCAUCUGCAUGUCCGAGGCCAGGGAGGAGGGGCCCCACGACAUGGCUGACGCGAUCCGCAUGCUGCAGGAACUGGACCGGCUGUAUACCCAAGCUGCUAGACCAAGGAUUGACCGCCGCGACGUAGCGGACGCUGGCAGCAUGGAUCCACACUCUUUAGACCGCGCGGUGCGGCUAGUACAACUAUGGAAGCUAGACAACAUGUACUCCUACAAAACCCGACCAAGAAUUGUUCGCCGUGAAGCGGAAACGUGGGACCAAGAAUCUUUAGAAUACAUGCGGACGAUGGUGAAACUUCAGAUGUUACACGACUUGUACUUCGAUAGAACUCGACCAAGGUUUGGAAAGCGCUCGGAUACUUACUCAAACUGGGCUAAGGAUGUCGAAAAACCAGAUUUACCCGCAUGGCUGUCGUAUGCCCGAAGGAGAUGAGAUGUGCAACAAUUCGAUCCUAAUUAAUAAACACCAUAAAUAUCAUUCGUUCGUGAGUCGUUCGUGAUUACUAAAUCGUAAUCGUCGUCCCGGUUAACCGUUACAAUAUAACUUUCAAUAGCUGAAUGUAUAACCUUAAAUGUUAGCAUCUCAUCUGUUUUACUAUUAUAUGUAAAAUGUAAGUCAGCUCUUACGUCCGUUGUGAGAUUUUGGUUAUCAGUAUUAUGUUUGUUAUUGUGUUCCUACAUUUAUUUAUUUUUAAUUAAUUUUCUUUAUACAAUAGUUUAAUGUUAAGGUUUCAAAAAGAAGAUAAAUUCGAAAUCUUUGCGGUUUUAUUUCUGAUUGUGAUGCAAAAGUCUUUAAAAGUUUGGGAGAUUGACCUUUCAUGAAUUUUUUGCGUCGACGUUUUAAAUAUCAUUUGAAUAUAAUUGUUUCAGUAAUGUUUCCCGCGUAUCUAUAAUUGUUUAGAUAAUGUCUCUAACUUUGUACUUAAUUAAUAACAUCUGAACCGUUGUAGAUAUGUUCAAUCGACAAUUCAUUGUACUUAAUGUUAUAAAUAAAAGCAAUUGAGAAAACGUA